AUGGACUACAUUGCUUCGGAAAAGGGUGACUCUACGGAGAACCGCGACCCAAACUCGCUAAUAUCCAAUGGAACUUCAAAAUCUGCGAUUGACAGUAAAUCUAUCGCGGAAGAUGACAAGUCGCACAUGGAAGCGUCCGCCGAAACUGCCGCAUGCUCCUCUGAAUCUACCGAAGAAUCCGAGCUAUGCGAAAUCCCUGAGCAGGUCGAAUUUACCAUAGUAUUUAACAAAGUAAAGCACGAAAUAUCGUUUGCAUAUGAUGCUACUGUAUUGGAUCUGAAAGCCCACCUGGAGAGAAUCACUGGAGUGCCACUCUCAGCGCAGAAGUUAAUAGUGAAAGGAAUGGCAAAGGACACUAUGACUCUGCGCAAUGCAGGCAUUGUCAAGGGAGGCAAAGUCAUGCUAGUGGGAUCUAAAAUGGACGACAUUUUAGCUGUGAAGAGUGUGCCAAAGGAAUUAGUAGAAGAUAAAGCUUCAAGUCAGACAAGUAAGGAACCACUGUGUAUGCAGAAAAUCCAUAGGAAAGUGUUGGACAAAGGCAUUCCACCUGAUGUUAUGCCAGGAAUCAAAGGAGUUAAGGAACCACUGCCACCUGUCCCGUUGAGUGGGAUGUUAAAUAAACAUGGAGGAAAAGUACGGCUCACAUUCAAACCAGAACAAGAUCAGCUUUGGCUUGGCACUAAAGAACGUACUGAGAAACUUGCCAUGACAUCCAUCAAAAGCAUCACAUCAGAACCAAUCAAAGAACAUGAAGAAUAUCAUAUCAUGGGUCUCCAGUUAGGUCCAACAGAAGCAUCCAGAUAUUGGGUCUACUGGGUGCCAGCACAGUACAUUGAAGCCAUCAAGGAUGCAGUGCUUGGUGUCUGGCAGUUCUUUUAAUUCCAUCAACCCAUGCUGCGUCAACCCCCAUUAUGCAUUGGGUAGUUGCAAUAUGUAUGUAAAAUUAAAUGUAUAUUACCUUCUCAUUGGUGCAGCAUAAAAAGUACCGUUUCUUUUGUGAUAUAUGUAUAUGCCACGUCAAUUAAAUUUGUCCAUUCAAUAUCUGGCAUCUAUCUGGUCAAAUCAAAUGAGAAAUUAUUUAUUUUAAGUAUUGUAAGUUUGCAUUUCUAGCAUUUGGGUUCUAUGAGCUGUACAGUGAUGCUGUCUGUCUUAUGAAGAGUGCAUCUAUAUCUGUAAUGAGCUUAUUGUCCCCUUGUCUCAAACAGAUCUCUUUAUGUAAACUUUACAAUUUCGAUAA